UCGAUCCGGGGCAGUCGUCGGUUAACGCGCGUUGGAGUCCGCGAUUCGCCCGGAACGCAGAGCCGGACUCGAGCGAGCACGCUCCGACUUUUUUCCGGGCCGAGAGCGAAAGUCGAAAAUCUCGAAAAAUGGACGAACGGCAGCGCGGCGUGCCACAUUGAGGUUAUGUUCCACGGUCCGAUCUGACUUUCGACCGUCGACGAGAAAGAAAAGUGCAGUGCGGACCGGAACAGGGCAGGAAUUAAUAGUGAUGGAGCGCCGUUUGCGUGCAAAAAUGAUGGGCCAUGUGCGAAUCGAGGCGGAAUGACGUGGGAGCAGCUGGGCCUGGGAUGAGCCGCGAUUAGUCAAACAGUGGAAAGUAGUGAAAAGUGUAGUGAAGGGUGGAAAGGCGUUCGAGAAGGGGGCGCCACCAUGAAGCCUUGCGAUGUUUGGACUGGAGCCUGUUUUGUCCGGGAGCACCUUUAGCCCAUCACAAAAGAACCCCUCGGCAAUCCUCCAAGGAAACAAUUAAUUUGAAGAGCUCGCCAUCAGUCCGUCGUCGCUUCUCCUUAGUGUUUUCCCGUGUUGGGUAUUUUUUUACUGCUUUGCAAAAGAUUGAAAGUGUAGAUUUUUCAUUAAAAGUUGGGCAAAGUUUUCGCGGAUUCAGUUCUGUCGUAAAAACAGAUUUAAAUUCAAAUUAAUAUCGGCGAUUUUUUCCUGACGGGAUGUUUCCAACUUAACGAAGAUGGGUAUUAAGAGCAGGGGAGUUUUCUGGAUUUUAAUUUUCUUGGCUUUAAUACUUUCGACCAAGUGCAAUUCGUUCAUGAAGAACGCCAAGAUCAGUACACGGAUCGUGCAGACGCGCUACGGCCGGCUGCAGGGCCUGGUCGUGCCCAUGGACCAACACCGGUACCUGAAGCCCAUCGAGAUCUUUCUGGGCGUACCGUACGCGACGCCGCCGGUGCAGUCCAACCGGUUCAGCCCCACGAGGACGCCCAGCCCCUGGGACGGCAUCAGGGUGUCGGACCAGGUGGGACCCGUCUGCCCCCAGAAGCUCCCUGAUAUCACCAACGAAACGGCGGCGCUGGAGAAGAUGCCCAAGGGGCGGCUAGAGUACCUCAAGAGGCUGCUGCCAUAUCUGAAGAACCAGAGCGAAGACUGCCUUUACUUGAACAUUUACGCCCCCGCACAAGUAUCCUCCAGUGAAGCUCGUCAUCCUGUGAUAGUCUACAUACAUGGCGAAUCCUUCGAGUGGAACUCGGGGAACCCCUACGACGGAAGUGUGUUAGCAGCGUAUGCGGACCUCGUGGUAGUUACUCUAAAUUAUAGGUUAGGAAUCUUAGGUUUUUUAAACGCCAACCCCGCCCCUCACCUAAAAGCCCGCGUUGCCAACUACGGGCUAAUGGACCAGAUCGCCGCCCUCCACUGGAUCCAGCAGAACAUCGCCCUCUUCGGCGGCGACCCCGACAACGUGACCUUAGCGGGUCACGGCUCCGGGGCGGCCUGCAUCAACUUCCUCAUGAUCUCGCCUACCGUGAUGCCCGGGUUGUUCCACCGAGCCAUCCUCCUCUCCGGCUCCGCCCUGUCUUCCUGGGCCCUCGUGGAGGACCCCGUCAACUACGCCGUGAAGCUGGCCCGCGAAGUCAAUUGCACGAUCCCCGAGGACGUGGGCAAGGACCACGAGGCCAUCGUCGACUGCCUGCGCGACACCGCCCUCUCAGAGCUGCUGCAGGCCGACGUGGCGCCUCCGGCGUACCUCAGCGCGUUCGGGCCCAGCGUCGACGGCGUCGUCAUCAAGGCCGAUUUCGCGAAGGAGCUCGUCACGUACUUCAAGCCGUCGGACCUGCAGAGUUUCGUGGGCCCGGUGAACGCCAACAUGAAGAGGAGCGAGGCGACGCUGACGCCGAGGGGAAGCAACCCGUACGAUCUGCUGUUCGGGGUCGUGACGAGCGAGGCACUGUGGCGGUUCUCGGCGGCGGACAUCCAGGCGGGCUUCGAGGGGGAGCGCAGGGACAAGAUCAUUAGGACUUACGUUAGAAACGCGUAUACGUAUCAUUUAAGUGAAAUUUUCUUUACGGUGGUGAACGAGUACACGGACUGGGAGAGGACGGUGCAGCAUCCGAUUAACACGAGAGACGCGGCAGUGGCGGCGUUGAGUGACGCGCAGUUCGUGGCGCCGCUGGUGCAGACGGGGGACUUGCUGAGUGCCAAACCGCCGCAGCCGGGGCAGGAGCCGUCGGGGUCCAAGACGUUCUUCUACGUGUUCGACUACCAGACCAAGGACGGGGACUAUCCGCAGCGCAUGGGGACCGUCCACGGAGAAGAGCUUCCGUACAUCUUUGGUGCGCCUUUAGUGGACGGCUUCAAUCAUUUUCCGAAGAACUACACUAGAUCGGAGUUGGCGUUGGCGGAAGCCGUCAUCAUCUACAUCGCCAACUUUGCCAGAACCGGCAACCCGAACGAGCAGCAUAAACAAGAACCGGUGCUCGCCGCCUCCAGGGAACGCAAUAGAUUCCGCUCCAUUGUCUGGGAUGAAUACGAUUCUGUCCAUCAAAAGUAUCUCGAGAUAGGGAUGAAACCUCGCAUGAAGAAUCAUUUUCGCGCCCAUCAAUUAAGCGUAUGGCUCCGGCUAAUCCCGGAACUCCACCGCGCCGGAAUGGAAGACGUAGUGGCCAGACACAAUCUCUUCAGGAAUCACAAUAACGCCGACUUAUACGACGGAGCCGUGCGCCCGGAUCCCUUAUCUCGAGUCAGUUAUUACGACCCCACUAUGGAGUUAUUCCGUCGACGACCCAACUCGAGCCUUACGAGCUUAGACACGCCGACGACGAUGGACACCAUCGUAACGACGUGCGUCAACGUCGUUUCCUCGGGCAAUUUCAACCACCAGACCUACUCAAACCAGAACACGUCGACAGACACCCUCGCCAGCCUGGAGGCGGCGGGCUACGCCGCCUACAGCACCGCCCUCAGUGUCACAAUAGCCAUAGGGUGCUCGCUCCUCAUCCUCAACGUGCUCAUUUUCGCAGGGGUCUACUACCAGCGGGACAAAACGCGGAUGGAGGUCAAGUCACUCCAACAGCAGCAGAGCCGCAACCAGGCCACCUUCGAGACCAUCUCCAAGCACGGCCACUACCACAUGGGCCACUCCCAGAGCGCCAACGUGAUCGUGGACGUCGAGCAGGACACGUCCGCCAUGAUCCUCGCCGCCAACACCCAGCACGAGAUCAGCAAGCAGCACUUGUGCCCCAGCAACAUGCAGCUGUCGAACCAGCUGAAGGCGCCGCCGCCCAGCCCCAACGUCAUGAUGCAGAACUGCAUGACGCUGCCGAAGAACGCGUCGAUGCACGGCGUCGUCCAGAACUACAACCCCGGCUGCAUGACGCUGCCGAAGAACGCGACCCUCAUGAACAACACCGCGUGCGUCAUCGCCGAGAUGCAGCAGCAGGGGCUGGUGCAGCCGCCGAACGGCAACGCCACGAUGCCGAUGAACGUGCCGAGACCGCCGCCGCCGCCCCGGACCAAGAGCCCGCCCGAGAGCCAGCCCCUGCUGGCCUCGCACCAUAACACCGGCCCCAACAAGGGGAGCAUGAGGGUACCGCAGGCGGCGAUGAGUGAGAUGCGCGUGUGAUAACCAAGUGCUUCGCGAUUCGUCCGGACUCUGAACGACGCCACACCGGGCCUAUUCUGGCCUCAUUCCUAAUGAGCUGUACAUAAUGAUAACGAAGUUUAUUAUGGAUGUUUAUGUGUAUAAGUGUACAAUACUAUUUUUCGAUUGUUUCCAGAGUCUAUUGCGUUGGGAGAGAGCGAAUAAAAGUUUCUUCUUGUUUGGAGGCGCUUUAUUUUUUCAUUCCGACAAGAUGGUCGCGCCUUGUGGAAUGAAUAAAUAAAUCGAAUGUUGAAAAUUCGGCGGCGUAACUCAAUUCGUCUAAGUUUAUAAGAGGGCUAAAUUUAAAGUUUGUUCGAAAUCACUUUUGCGAGGAGGAAUCGUCCCUUGUCGGUUUUGGGUUCGAAAUUUUCGCGCAAUCGUGAAAUCGGGGACCCAAAACUAAUAACGGACAAUUCUUCUUUCGCGAAUUUAUAAAAGCUAUCGGAUACCCGUUAUGCCACUGAUGGAAUCGUAUACAAAUCCCUUCAUGUUAUCCUGUUAUCUCUUGAAGCUAUAUCAUGUUGAAGACGAAACGAAUAUCUCUAUCAUUAGUUUAAGUUGUCGAUUGCUUGUGAACAGAAGAUUUUUCAACGAUUCAGGUUUCGUACCGUCGUCAGUAUCAGUAUUCUACUACCGUUAUCAUUAAUCGAAGCCUUCCGAUCUUCCGAAACACUGAUGAGCUUGAAUAUUUAAAAAUUUCCCCAAAAGUUAAACGGAUUACUGCCAACACUAGUAAUUUUGUACUCCAUAUGAUGAUGAUGACCUGUGCCAAAAACUUUUGAUUAUGUGCGCCGAAGUUGUUUUUCCUCUGCAGACUGGAAGAGUGUUAAACCAAGUGGACAAUCUACGUAAUAAUGUAUAUAAAACAAAAAAGUGUAGCUCCGUUUCAAAUUUCAACGAAAAAACUUUAUCUUAGUCUAAUCUAGGUAAUUAAACAAUCAGCGAUUUUUAGACAUUGUAUAUACAACCAACAAGCAAACAUAUAACCAACUUUUUCGGUGAAUUUUGGAACUAACUGUCCGAGAACCGUGCCAGAGUGACGACGACUCUCCACGUUUCAAAGGCUUGUUAAAAGAUGUUUUAAAUAAUGUGACACAUUAAUUAUUAAUAAAGAUUAAUUACUAAAAA